GUACAGCCUGUCAGACAAACACGGUCACCACCUGUCCUUUGAUGUCGGUGACCUCUCCAAAGCUUUAGCGUCUGUGGUACAGGCAGAGCAGUCGUUGCUGCAGUCGAAGACGGUCCUGGCGCAAGUUGUGCAACAACUGCAGAGGACUUCCAAGCCCCAGCUGCAAAAGUCAUCGGAUGAAGCCGAGGUCAGGAUUGCCGCCGUGGGUGUAGAUUCUCACCAGGUUGUGCCUACUGUUGCAGAGCCCGGCUUCGCGGAAGCACGGCAGGAGUCCGACCAGGCUCCAGCCUCGAUUGCUCAGACGCCCACCUUUCCUUCUGAGAUGGAAUCGGGGGCCAUGGUUGCCACUGGCUCGAAGGAGUUCAGUAUACCCACACAGUCGCUGCAGCUCAAGCGGGCGAAGACGGGGCAGACCUUGCUCACCAUGACCGAGGAGGAGAUUCCGGCGUUGUCGGGUGGCCUUUGGCCCUUUUUCCAGGCAAUCAGUCGGAAACUUGUUGGUAGCAUCGCUUUCGAGUUCGUGAUCCUCGCCGUAAUCAUCCUCAACUCCUUCAUCAUCGGCCUGGAAAGCCAGAUGUCCUUGAGUCAGGAG